UUAUCAACAUUCAGUGCUCGCUCGACAUUAGUAAUACCGCCUGUUAACGACAGUUUAUUAUUAUUUAUUACUAUACACGUUCUCGGUAACAUUUAUACGAUAUAGUUCAUAACACAGCAAAGAACAUGAAUUCCCCCUUUGUUUCUAUUCAGGUUAGUCCAAUGGGCGCUAAACCGAAGGUCUCUAUCCGCAGUGUCAGUGUUGACAUAUUAAUAAUCUUGUUUGGUGUCAGUUCAUGGGUAGCCGUCAAUGGACUGUGGGUGGAACUUCCGGUGCUAGUCAAUGCACUUCCAGAAGCAUGGAAAUUGUCUGCUUACAUAGUGAUCACCACCCAAAUAGCUAAUCUGGGACCCAUUCUCUUCAGUGCGGCUCGGAGAAAAUGGUCACAAAAGGUCCUAGAGGUACCCAUGAUACAUGUGUCACUGGUCAUCGUCAUAACUGCUUGUGUAUUACUAAGCAUCUUCUGGGAAUCCACAACCUACCUUGCUGGAGAGAUGCACAGCACAGCUCUGCUCACUCUGACAUUUUUCUUAGCUUUCGUUGACUGCACGUCUUCUCUGUUGUAUCUGCCCUUCAUCGCUAACUUUAGGGAACAGUAUAUUGCAUCAUAUAUGGUAGGCGCUGGACUGAGUGGACCUAUUCCCGGUGUGAUAGCUUUGGCACAAGGUGUUGGGGGCUAUGCCGAGUGCAGGAAUAUAUCUGUCAUUAACGUGAGAGAGCAUAGCAAAGUUGUGGAAUAUGUUGUCGAAGCUUAUUAUCCUCCUCCAAGAUUUUCUGCUAACGUGUUCUUUUUAAUUUUGUGCGGACAAAUGGGAGUCAGUUGGAUAGCAUUUGUACUUCUCAACAAAUUGCCAGUAGCAAAGCGAGAGAUGGUACCCACCAUACCAUUUUCAAGUUCUAAACAUCCAGCACUGGACGAGAGUUUACACAAUUCUAUGGAAUUUUCAUCAAGCUUAGAAAAAACAACAUCUUUAGAAAAGAAUCUCUUGGGAAAACCAAGGUUUUCUAAAUCACAGUACAUCAUAUUGCUACUACUUCAGGGCCUCGUAUGCGCCUUACAUAACGGAAUUCUGCUAUCAAUACAGACGUAUUCCUGCUUGCCGUAUGGGAGCUUGGCUUUCCAUUUGACUGUUACUCUCUCCAGUUUUGCUAACCCACUAUGCUGUUUUGUAGCAAUGUUCUUACCCAUCUCAAGCGUGGCUGCAAUUUCCGGUUUAACAGUCUAUGUAUUCAUUUGGGGAGCUUACAUUAUGACAAUAGCCCUUUUAAGCCCAACACCACCUUUUGUUGACUCAGCUCUGGGUGGAAGUCUUGUGGUUCUCGCUUGGGUUAUGGUAUCUGGUAUAGUGGCUUAUAUCAAAACUUGUAUAGCUUCAGUUUUGCGACGAGAAGGCGGCCAGCCUGCACUUUAUCGAUGUGGUAUUCUCACUCAAGUAGGCACAGCUGUUGGGGCUAUCAUAACAUUUUCAUUAGUUCAAUACACAACAGUAUUUCAUUCUUACAGUCCAUGCACCUGAAAUUUAGAGAACUUUGUAAGAUAAUUUGAGAAAUUUUUCAAAGAGUUUUACAGCUGUUUGCAGAAGAUAAGGCCAAGAAAGCAGAGGGUUCAGUUUUUAUUUUUCCCGGUAUUAAACACUGUAAUAUAUUAUAGUAUACAUUAGCAAUGAUGUAUUAAUGGUGAGGAGUUUCUAGUUUAAAGAUUUUUUAUAUUUAUUUAAUUUAUAGAAAUAUAUUUAUUUAUGAUAGCGAACAAAGUCUUAUAUGUUGACAUAAUAUAUGCUGAGGUAAUAUAAAUGAACGCCGUAACUAAUAAAAGUUUUGUAAUGUUUAAGACCUCUACUGCGUGAAAAGUUAUAUUUAAAACUAGUUAACUAUAUGGCUUACGAAAGCCCGUCAGUGGAGCAGCUAGGGGAGGCAAGGGGAGCAUCUGGCCUAGAGCGCAACGUCGAGAAAAGUUUCUUUCCCUUCACCAUUGCAGUUUUGCAAACAGGAGAAAGCACGAAAUCUUCAGCUCUCCCUGGUAGCUGAUAGCCCUAGCUACGCCUCUGGAACUCUUUAAAUUGAAAUCUGUUUGUUUAAAUGGAAUCGGGAUUAGUAAGAUUAUUUGAUAAUGGCAAAGCACACUAGGGCUAUCUCCGUAAAGAAAGAGAUGUUUUUAUGGAGUUAUAGAAAUAUAUUAAACUUUGUUUGAUGAUGUAUUAAUUUUUGUUAUUUAUCACUUCUAAAUAUGUAAUAAAUGUUUCUUGUUAAAUGAGAAGAUCAAUGGAACUGAAGGUCACUGUAGUUACUGAAUGCAGACUUUAAAAGUUUUUUUAUUCUGUUGUAUAAUAAUAAUAAAAUUAUAAAAUAAAAGUUGUUAUUGUUAAUUAUA